GUCAUGAAGCCAAACUGGUUGCUGUGUGCAGUGUUGCUGGUAGUGGGAAGCGCCAGUAUCCAGGCACAUGAAGAUGAAUUUGACCAUGAUAAUGAUGAUGUAAUAGAUAUUGAAGAUGCCCUUGAUGAUGAUGGUGUUGAAGAGGUAGAGGAACUGAAGCAUGAACCCAGUACUCCUCCUCCACCCCCAAAGGUAACUUACAAAGCCCCAGUCCCAACAGGAGAAGUUCAUUAUACUGAGAACUUUGAUAAAGGAACUUUAGCAGGAUGGGUCCUUUCCAAAGCUAAGAAGGAGGAUACGGAUGAUGAAAUUGCCAAAUAUGAUGGCAAAUGGGAAGUACAAGAGAUGAAGGAAACUAAACUACCAGGGGACAAAGGGCUUGUGCUGCUGUCCCGAGCUAAACAUCAUGCAAUCUCUGCCAAACUUAACAAGCCCUUUGUCUUUGAUACGAAACCUCUCAUUGUUCAGUAUGAAGUCAGUUUCCAGAAUGGGAUUGAAUGUGGUGGUGCAUAUGUGAAGCUGCUUUCCAAAACCUCUGAACUGAAUCUGGAUCAGUUCCAUGACAAAACUCCCUAUACAAUCAUGUUUGGCCCGGACAAAUGUGGGGAAGAUUACAAAUUGCACUUCAUCUUCCGGCACAAGAGCCCCAAGACUGGCAAAUAUGAGGAGAAGCAUGCAAAACGUCCUGAUGCAGAUCUGAAAAACUACUUUACAGAUAAAAAGACUCAUCUUUAUACAUUGGUUUUGAACCCAGACAACAGCUUUGAAAUCCUCGUUGAUCAAAAUGUUGUAAAUAGUGGGAAUCUGCUGUCUGAUGUGACUCCUCCUGUGAAUCCUCCUCAAGAGAUAGAGGACCCAAAUGAUCAGAAGCCGGAGGAUUGGGAUGAGAGAGCCAAGAUUCCAGAUCCAGAUGCAGUUAAACCAGAUGAUUGGGAUGAAGAUGCUCCUGCUAAGAUUCCAGAUGAGGAUGCUGUGAAGCCAGAAGGCUGGUUAGAUGACGAGCCAGAAUAUGUUGCUGACCCUGAUGCAGAGAAACCAGAGGAUUGGGAUGAAGAUAUGGAUGGGGAGUGGGAGGCACCUCAGAUUGCAAAUCCCAAAUGUGAGUCGGCUCCUGGCUGUGGUGUCUGGCAGCGGCCCACGAUUGACAAUCCUAACUAUAAAGGCAAAUGGAAGCCUCCCAUGAUCGAUAACCCUAACUACCAGGGUAUCUGGAAGCCAAGGAAGAUUCCAAACCCAGAUUUCUUUGAAGAUUUGGAGCCUUUCAAAAUGACUCCCUUUAGUGCUCUGGGGCUUGAAUUAUGGUCUAUGACUUCCGACAUAUUCUUUGAUAACUUCAUCAUCUGCACAGAUCGGGCAGUGGCCGAUGACUGGGGUAAUGAUGGAUGGGGUCUGAAGAAGGCAGCUGAUGGUGCAGCUGAGCCUGGCGUUGUGGGUCAAAUGAUGGCAGCUGCUGAAGAGCGUCCUUGGCUUUGGGUAGUUUACAUCCUGACUGUGGCUCUGCCUGUGUUUCUUGUCGUCCUCUUCUGCUGCUCUGGAAAGAAACAACCAAGUGCUGCAGAGUACAAAAAGACUGAUGCCCCUCAACCAGAUGUCAAUGAAGAAGAGAAGGUAGAAGAAAGAGACAAGGGAGAAGCAGAGGAAGAAGAGGAAGAAAUGAAUGAAGAAAAGCCAGAAGUGAAGCAGAAGAGUGAUGGUGAUGCAGGAACUGCAAGUCAGGAGGAGGAGGAGGAGGAAGAAGAAGAGGAGGAGGAGGAAGAGGAAGAAGAAGAAGAGGCAAGGAAACCCACUGUAGAGGAAGAAGAAACUGCAAAUAGAUCCCCCAGAAACAGAAAACCAAGAAGAGAUUGAAAUACCCUAAGAACUUGAUCUGGUUAAUUUUCCCCAACAUGGUUUUGGGAGAGGACCUUGGAUACCUUAUGCUGAAACUCAGAAAAAACCUCAAGACUUCACCAUCCACAGGUUCCUGUCAAAUGCUCUUCAAUGUACAUGAGUGUUUAGCAGUAAAAUAUUCGCAGUUGUGUUUUUAAAUAGAGUAUUCCUGUAGAAAGAGUGCAUUUAACACAACCAGCUAUGGAUUUCUGGAAUGUUACAUGAACUAAUGUUUUUCUUUUGUGUUUAAAUAAUUGUUUUGUUUUAAAUAGAAUGAUAGAUUUGCCUGUCUCAAA